AGUCCCCGCCGGCACCCCGGCCACCAUGUCGUCGUGCGCGGAGGUGCUGCGUUUCCAGCUGCCGGGCCACGAGGCGGCCGCACUGCGGAGCAUGAACCGGCUACGGGCAGAGGAGCGCUUCUGCGACGUCACCAUCGUGGCGCGGAGCCUGCGCUUCCGAGGCCACCGCGUCAUCCUGGCCGCCUGCUCCCCCUUCCUCCGUGACCAGUUCCUCCUCAACCCGGCGGCCGAGCUCCGUGUCUCGCUGGCCCACAGUGCCCGCGUCCUGGCCGACCUCCUCCUCUCCUGCUACACCGGGGCCCUCGAGUUCGCUGGCCGCGACCUCGUUAAUUACCUGACGGCCGCCAGCUACCUGCAGAUGGAGCACGUGGUGGAGCGCUGCCGCGCGGCGGCCCCGGCGCGGUGCGGGAAGUGCGGCGAGGCCUUCCAGGGCGUGGAGAAGCUGGUGUUCCACAUGCGGGCCCAGCACUUUGUUUUCAUGUGCCCGCGGUGCGGGAAGCAGUUCAACCACAGCAGCAACCUCAACCGGCACAUGAACGUCCACCGCGGCGUCAAGUCGCAUGGCUGUGGCGUCUGUGGCAAGAGCUUCACCCAGAAGUCGACGCUGCAUGACCACAUGAACCUGCACAGUGGCGAGCGGCCGUACCGCUGCUCCUACUGCGACGUCCGCUUCGCCCACAAACCUGCCAUCCGCCGGCACCUCAAGGAGCAGCACGGCAAGACCACCGCCGAGAACGUGCUGGAGGCCAGCGUGGCAGAGAUCAAUGUCCUCGUCCGCUGACGGGGCCGGGGGGGGCGGGUGGGGGGGACCCCCGGGGUCAGCUGCACCGGA